AUGACAACAAAUCAAUCAUUAGAUAAAAUUCGAAUUGUAUUAGAAAAAUCUAAAAAGAAAGAUAUCAAUAUAGAAAUUGAAUCUAUAAUUGAUGUGACAGUUAAUUAUCUUGAUGUCACCAUUGCAAAUGAAAAUGGUUAUUUGAGAACAUGUGUUUAUCAUAAACCAACAGCUCAACCAUAUUAUUUAACAUAUACAUCAGAUUAUUUACAUAAAUAUCAUCGUAAUAUACUAUAUACUGCAUUAAUAUGUGCUGAACGUUUAUAUUCAAACAUAUAUGAUUUUAAUUCAGAACGUCUUCACAUUGAUAUGUCACUAUUACUCAGCCAAUAUCCACCAAAAUUUAUUUCUAAUCAAUUUCUUCGAUUUUUUCAAGUCAAUAAUGCCAUGCCUGUAUUUAUAGAACUUAACCAGCAAGUUUAUCAACGAUUACAUCAACAAUUACUAAAUCGAGUAACAGAAGAAGAACAGAUAUUACAUAAUGGAAUGAAAGAUCCUGUAACAAAUCCAGCAAUAUUAGAAAAGAAGCCUUGGAAUCGAUCAAUGAUGUAUUUACGAUAUGCGUAUGAAGCGGGACCUCGUAGUGACAAUCACAGUUUUGUUAUAAAAGCUACUCCAGUCUAUGAUGGACGGAUUCGAGUAGAUUAUGAAUUACAAGUAUGGAAAAGUUACUACAAAUUAGCUACUGAACAUAAACAUUGGGCUAAAGAAGUAGUUGAUCGUACAAAAAAACGUGAUGAACAUGUCAAUUUACCUUUCAUAGAAAAGAAAAUUGAUCAAGCUUGUACGAAAAUCAAUGACAUACAAAUACAUUUAGCUACCUAUUGGUUACAAAUACCAACUGCAUCAGCAGCAGUAGCAGCAGCGGUGGCAUCGAUUAAUACUACUACCAAUAGUAAUAAAAAUGUCUCGAAUCGUACCAGAAUUAAAAACAUUGAAAAAUUAUUAACCGAUUAUAUUAAAGAAAACAUUCAACGUAUCAAGAAAAUGUCUGCAAUUCGUCUUGAAAUACGUAUAAUAAAGAAAAAUUAUCAUACUACAACAAAACGUUUACAAAUGAAUAUAUUUCCAAAACUUAUUGCAAAAACAAAUUUUCAAUUUAAAUUUCAUGAAUCUAUUCUUGAUAGACAUGAAAUACAAGGUAGAUAUGAUACCGAAUUAUUAAAAAAUGAAAUUACACACUGCAAGAGACGAACAAAUGAAUUAACUACACUUCAAAGAAAAAUUGAAGCUUGUUUUCAUGAACAUAAAGUUAAUCCAGACCAUCCAGUUGUACAAUUCAUUUCAGAGUUAGAUUUGAUACUUCAAAAUUUACAUUCUUCUUCAACUUCAAUUACUACUACUACUUCUACUACCACAACGACAACUCCAAAUUUAGAUUCAAAUCAGUUUAAAACGAAAAGAACGAUAUAUUAUCGUAGUACAAUUAAACGACUUCAACAUAAAUUCCGUUUAACCAAUACAAUUCUUCGUAAAACUGAUAAAUCCAAAAUCUUUCACAUAGGAACUGUCGAACAUUAUCAAAAGCAAUCCAAAGACUAUAUGGAGCGAACAAAAGCUUAUGAUUGUAUUGGCCAAAUUGAUCCAUUACCAGAAUUAAUCAAACACACCAAUAAAUAUUUACUUGAUUUACGUCUUAAGAAAUGGAUUACACCAAAACAAUAUGAGCAAUUGUGCCUUAAACAAACAGAUGAUAUUGAAUUAGCACAUCUUUAUUAUCUGCCAAAGGCUCAUAAACCUUCAACUCCACUUCGUCCAAUUAAAUCGGGUUUAAAACAUCCGACCAUCAAAAUUUCCAAAUAUUUAGAUGAUCUAUUAAGACCGUUAUUCAAUCAAAUGGCUUCCAAAUCAACUAUUACUUGUGGUUUCGAAUUGAUCAAACAUCUACAAAAAUGGACAUCAAUAAACUUACGUCAAGAUACAAGUUUAUGUACCAUCGAUGUCGUUGAUCUCUAUACAAUGAUACCGCAAGUGGAAGGUGUUUUGGCAUUAGAAAAAAUGUUAGAUCAUCAAAAAUUAAAACAAGUUGAUGGAUUAACUACAGAAACCAUUAUACGAUUAGCAAAAUUUGUAAUGCAAAAUAAUUAUUUUAAAUACAAAAAUGAUUAUUAUCAUCAAAUUCGUGGAGGAGCAAUGGGCUCUCCACUUACACUUACCAUUGCUAAUUGUUACAUGUUCUUCUUUGAACAAUCCAUCAUUCGACGAAUUAACAAUAGUUAUGGCUUAUACUUUCGUUAUAUCGAUGAUAUAAUUAUUUUAAUUAAUUGGCCCAAUCAUCACUUGAAGAAAGAAAUUAAUCGAUGGAAUACUUUUGAUGAAAAUAUACAAUUAUCUGAUAAUAUUAGUAAUUGUAUUAACUUCCUCGAUCUUCAUAUUGAAAAUAAAAAUGGUCAAUUAAUUACUAAAGUAUAUCACAAGCCAUCAUAUCAACCUUAUUAUUUACCAUUCAACAGCAUCCAUCCACUACAUAUGAAGGCGAACAUACCAUUUACCAUGUUACUACGUGCAAUCCGGUAUUGUUCCACAUUUCAAGAUUACCUUGAUGAACGUGGUAAAUUAAGAAUGGAUCUAUUAGUUAAUAAAUAUCCAAUUAAAUUUAUUGGUAAACACUUCAAUCGCCUACUCCUUAAAUUCAGUAUUAAUGAACUAUUAAACAUGUAUAAUUAUAAUGCAUUACGACAAAAAGUUAUUAAUACUCCUUAUGAAGCAAAAGCUCCAAUUAAUUAUCAAAAGACAUUAUUUGUCCAUUUUACUUACUGUCAAAAUAUGACAACAUUCCCAAGACAUUUUCAUACACUUUGGAACAAAUAUUUUGAACAGUCUCCAAUCAAUGAAGUAACUCCAAUACUUGGUACUCGUAAUGUGAACAAUUUACAAAGACAACUAGUUCAAGUUCGACAUGAAAAUUUUAGUGAAUGUAUGAAUUCUUUGAUUUAUAUAAAUACAUUUAAUAAAAAUGAUACAAUGAUACAAAUGGCACGUUGUUCAUUUGAUAUUCAUGUUCAAGAAAUACUUGGUCCAUUAAUGAUUGGAGCUACAUUAAUUAUCCUUCAUCCAAAAGGAACUGUCAAUUUUGAUUAUCUAUCCAAAGUUUUAGACGAGAAACAAGUCACAUAUAUGCAUACUGUACCCAGUCUACUUCAUAGUUUUUUCACUUUUCUUCAAGAAUUUAAUAAUCAACAUACUUUGAAACAUCUUCGAUCACUUUGUAGUAUCGGAGAACCUUUUUCUGUUAAAUUAAAUAGUUUAAUAAUAAAUAUUGAUAUCCCAACGUGUUCUGCAUGGAAUUUAUAUGGUCCAGCAGAAACAACAAUUGCUUCUACGUUUCAUCUUGUGAAUAAAAUAGCUGAUCAGGAUAGUAUUCCUACUGGUCUACCACUUCCUAAUUAUCAAUGUAUGAUUACUGAUGAAUUUUCUCAAUCUAUUCCCAUCAACCACGAAGGUGAAUUAUUAGUGGGAGGAGUCGGUGUGUUUGCUGGAUAUUUACGACGUGAUGAUUUGACUGUAAAAGCCAUUGUUGAAAUUGAUGGUGAAUUAUUCUACCGAACAGGUGAUCUUAUUCGAAUGGAUAAAAAUGGUCGUAUGCAUUAUCGAGGACGAAAAGAUUUUCAAAUAAAAUUACACGGACAACGUAUUGAAUUGGCAGAAAUUGAACAAUGUCUACUUCAAUCAUCCAUUUCAGCAUGUGUUGUUAUUAAAUGGAAUAAUGAUCAUUUAAUUGCAUAUGUUCAAAGUUCUAAUGUUAAUGAAAAACAAUUACGAGAACAUUGUCAAUCUCAUUUACCACCUCAUAUGAUUCCAUCAAAAUUUAUUAUACUUGAAAAAUUACCUUUGAAUGCUAAUGGAAAAAUCGAUCGAAAAUUACUUCCUGUACCGAAUUUUGCAACUACUGCCGAAGUUGAUUGUAUAGAUUUGAAUUCAUUAACACCACUAGAAGAACAUUUGCUUAGUAUCUUCACUCGAUCAUUUCAUACUGAAUGUCAAAAUCCUAAAGUAUCUUUUGCUGCACUGGGUGGUACAUCAUUAGAUGUUAUUCGCGCAAUAGCUUUGAUUCGUCAAGAAUUAUAUGCAAGCUUCGAAUUUCGUUGCUUAGUUGCUAAUCCAUCGGUGCGUGAACUUGCUCGAGUACUUCAACCUCUUAUUGUUAAACGUGAACAAACAAAUUCGAUAUUAAUGUCAUCACAAUUAGUAGAUGAUCAUAAUCGACCAACUCCAUCGCUGUUUAUUGAAACAAUGGGUAUUUUGGUUCUGAUGUGUCAAUGGUUUUAUCCAAUUUGGUGGGCUUUUCAAUCUAGUCAUUAUUUGACUGUUUUUGCUGUACCCAUCAUCCAUCUUUUGCUAUAUAUCAUAUUUCAGCGAUUACUGUUUCGGCUUGGCGAGCAGUUAUAUUAUAAAGGUACACUUUAUUCAUGGCAUUAUUAUAGAUGGUGGUUUUUAGAGCGACUAUGGUCAAUUAAUAACGCUUACUGGUUACAACAUCUUGUUGGAACUCCAUAUUAUAAUUUGUAUUUGCGAUUGUGUGGUGCCCGUAUAAGUCAUCAUGCGCAUAUUUAUACUACACGAAUUGAUACCCCAUGGUUGCUAGAAGUCGGAGAUUUCACUGUCAUUAAUAAUGAGACUAUGCUCUCUAGUAUGUCAUAUCAAGACCAAACAUAUGAACUUCAUUCGAUUGUCAUUGGAUCACACUGUUCCAUUGAUACGCGAUGUAUACUUUAUCAUGGAGUCAACAUAUCAGAUCAUGUACACAUCAAACCUAUGUCUGCAGUUACAGGUCAUAUAUCGGCUGUAAAUGACUAUAAAUCUUCUAAAAACAACUCUUUUUCAUAUGGUCAAGUUAUUUAUCAACUUAUCUGUCUUGUAUGUCUUGUUUUGAUUCAUGGUUUUUUAUUGGGAAUAACUUAUCAUGUCUAUCAGUGUUGCUUAACUUUCUACUUACCAUUACCCAUUAGUCUUGCAAUUGGUUAUCUCGUCUGGAUGUUAACAAGUCUAAUAGUCACCAUUCUCUUAUUAAGAUUUGUCGUGGGUCAUGUCCUUAGAAAAAAAUGUUCAUUCAAUUCCUAUUAUUAUCUCCAUAAAAUAUGGUUGCGACAACUUAUCAUAACUUCAUUUCAUCAGGCAUUCCAACUUUUACCUGGAUAUGAAACAUUCUUUUUGGUUCUUCUUCGUUGGUUAGGUGCUCAUGUUGAUGAUGAUGUAAAACUAGUCGAAAUCGUAUCUGUUUUACGUUUUCCAUCAAAUCUUCUUAAAAUUGAACGUAGUGUCACAAUUUUUGCUAGAGUAAUGCUUGCUCCAUUUGAAAUGAUAGAUGAAGUUGAUUGUUAUUUCGACUAUAUUUCUCUUGGAUCGAAUUCCAAUCUUGGCAAUGGAUGUACAAUAAUGCCAGCCACACAGCUUCCAUCCAAUACAAUGAUCGGUAAUCUGACUAGGGUUACACGAGAGAUAAAUAAUUCUGCUAGAGAUGGUGUAUGGCUUGGUAUUCCAGCUCGACGUGCUCGAAUUGGACGCGAUGUUAUUCUACCUGACAUCGAUUGUCUCUCUGAACCACAUUUAACAACUAUUGGCAACCAUGUUCGUUUAGCUUCAGACGCUCACAUACAGUGUCACACAUUUGAGCAACGUCUGCUUAAACUAGCGCCAGUUAUCGUGCAACAUUCAAGUGUACUCGAAAGCUUCUCUAUUGUUCUUCCCGGAUCAAUAUUGCAUGGAAAAAAUCAUCUCCUUCCAUUUACUCUUGUCAUGAAGAACGAUGAAUUACCAUUCAAUACGACAUGGUCAGGUAUACCAGCAUGUAAAGGAUUCUGA